UCGAGUAAUGUGAAUAGUAUAGGCAUCAUGAGGUACAUUACGCCGUCCCAGCUCAUCGGAAGCGAAGUUGAGAAGAGGCCCUCGUCCAUCUUCUGUCGACAUGUCUCUUGGAGGCCUCAACGAACUCAACAGCACUGAUGCGAGCCCACAGGGCAGCGCAGUUUCUUCGAGGCUUGAGAAAGUGAUGGUGAAGCCAGGUGUGCGCAGGACAAGGCGCAAGCGCUGCCAUCUGCGAUAGCUCCCACCCAUCAUAUCGAAUUUGGCCUCAAUCAAGUCUCGAACAGGAAGAGACUCCAAUGCAACCUCAAGCCCUCCAAAACCCAUUCCGGGAUCUUCUGCUCUUCUAGCCACGCUUCAUCAAUCUUCACUUGCGUCUGCACAUGACAUGCUCCUUGCCCUGCUGAUCCUCAUCUGCCUCCACGCACGGCUCUUCUUCCUGAUCCUGAUAGAUAUGACCACUUCUUACUUCAUUCUGUCCCUCUCCAUAGCGAUGUUCUCCCGAGGCGUCAGCCCAUCUCUCUUCGCUCCCUUUUCCGGGUAAAGUCCUCUCCUGAGAUCUAGAACCAGCAACUCCAACGCUGUGCAAGCUCAAGACUGGUGAGAUUCCGGAUCAACGGUAGCUAUCACUCUGUGGCGCUGAGUAAGAUGCGUCAAUUACGGUCGAGAUGAUGAGAUCAAAUUUUGAACAUUCGACGUGUGUGCGAGCUCAAAGGGGUGCAAAGG